AACAAAGGAUCGUCUAAAGUGGUCGAGAUUUAAAAUAAUUAUAAGACUUUAGUAGAGAAAAGUGGUAAUCCUGUGCUAAUUGUGUAUAUUAAAUUUAAUCCAGCACUCUACAGGUAUUAUUUCAAGUGUAAUUUAACUCUGUGACAAGGUUGACUACACUCGCUUCCCAAAAUGACUGAAGAAAAAGAGCUAAUCGCCAGGCGGGCCAGCUAUAAAGGCCGACUAACCAUUUUUGAAAAAUAUAUGGAGGGUUUGAAAGUUGCUUCACUGACAUCAGCUGAGGUAAAUGAAUUGCAGUUGCGUAUGGGCAAAAUUGAAUCGUUGUAUGUCCAUUAUGAUGAGGUUCAAUUAAAACUUGAGUGCAGUUCGAGCGACUCUGACAGUCAGCUAACUGAGCGAGCAGAGUUUGAAAGUAGGUAUUUUAAAUUACUUUCUAAUGCUCAAGAUAUAUUGGCCAAAUACGCCAAAAAGCAAGACUCGACUUUCAACUCGGCCGCAAGCGACCAAUCAUCGCAUAAAGGAAAUAAUAAGCUUGUUCGGUUACCAACUAUUCAAUUGCCAAAAUACAAUGGUUCCUAUGAAAAUUGGUUAGGCUUUCGCGACACCUUUACUAGCCUCAUUCACUCUAACGACGAUAUAGACGACAUAAACAAAUUUCAUUACCUUAGGGCUUCCCUGGAGGCAUCCGCUGCAGUCGUCAUACAGUCGGUAGAAUUCUCGUCUGACAACUAUGCCUUGGCAUGGAAUCUUCUAUGUGAUCGCUUCAAUAACAAGCGCCAAUUGCUGCAGAAUCAUGUAUCGGCCUUGUUCAAUAUUGAACCGAUUGCACGAGAAUCUUCUAGUCACAUUAAAAGGGUCAUAGAUCAGGUUAACAAAAACCUUCGUUCUUUAGAAACACUAGGCGAGCCCGUUAAAGAAUGGUCAACACUUCUCAUUCACAUUAUUUCACAAAAGUUAGACACAAAAUCAUUUCGUGAGUGGGAGGAGUUCAAGGGUGGCUUAGACAAAAACAAAACUGCUACUUUCGAGGAGUUCCUAACUUUCCUACAAAGCCGUGCUGAUUUACUCGAAACACUAGAAUUAUCAUCGAAUCAGUCACUUCAACACACUAAAAGUGCAACUAAAAUUAAAACUAUGAUAGCAGUGCAGGACAAAAUAGGUAAUAAUAGCAAUAAAACUCAGCCGCCGGCGACUAAGCCGUGCCCGAGAUGUAAGGGCGAUCAUUGCUUAUCAAACUGUGCACAAUUUCUUGCGUUAAGUAAUAAGGCUCGAUUGCAACUAUUACCUAAUUAUAAGGUUUGUUUUAACUGUUUUAGAGGUGGUCAUUAUGCCAAUCACUGUAAAAAACCUGGUUGCAAGAUAUGCAAACGAAAACACCAUACGUUAAUUCACGUAUCUGAAAGCAUACCUAGAUCGACAUUAAAUAGUGAUAAUUGCACGGGCGUUAUCAGUGGUGUCGACCAGAGGACUGCGCCCGCGCUCCCGCUCCCCGCCAGUGCCGAGCCGGCUCAGGUUGCAUUGUCAGCAAAUGUCUCGCCGAGUACUUCGUCUUCAUACUGA